AUGUAUGGCGAAUCUACCAACCCUGACGACAACUCCGUCGCUCGCACCGGGUUCGAAAAAUCGCUGUACGACCUCAUUCGAGGCCUCAGAACAAGCAAGGGUGGCGGCAAGGACUUUAUACAAAAGAACCUCAAAGAUUGCCGAGCCGAAGUUCGCAGCCCGGAUAUGGAUGUCAAGGCCACGGCCCUCUUAAAGCUCGUCUACCUCGAGAUGCUAGGCUACGACAUGUCUUGGGCGUCAUUUCACGUUCUGGAAGUCAUGUCAUCCCCCAAGUACCAUCAGAAGCGAGUGGGAUAUUUGGGCGCCGUACAGAGCUUUCGGCCGGAUACCGAAGUCCUCAUGCUGGCCACCAACUUGUUGAAAAAGGCACGUCUUUCCCUUCAAACUUCCCACGACAUUGGAUCCUCGACUCAAACAGUCAUGUCCCUCCCUAUCGCUACACUUCCCCACGUCAUUACGCCAUCGCUGGCUCUCUCGACUCUCCCCGAUCUCCUCCCUCGUCUGGGCCACAGCCAUUCCAAUAUCAGAAAGAAGACACUAGUGACGUUAUAUCGGUUGGCGCUUGUGUAUCCAGAAGCUCUGAGAGCAGCGUGGCCCAAAAUCAAGGAGCGAUUGUUGGACCCUAAUGAGGACCCAAGCGUCACGGCGGCCAUCGUUAAUGUGGUGUGCGAGUUGGGAUGGCGGAGACCCCACGACUUUCUGCCGCUUGCCCCGCGAUUGUUUGAGCUUCUUGUAGACGGAGGAAAUAACUGGAUGGCUAUCAAGCUCAUCAAGCUAUUUGCUGCUCUGACACCGCUCGAACCCCGUCUUGUGCGAAAGCUGCUGCCGCCCUUGACAAACAUAAUAGCGACAACACCCGCCAUGUCUCUGCUCUACGAGUGCAUCAAUGGAAUCAUUCAAGGUGGUAUACUCGGGAGUACAGAUGACACCGCUGAUACUGAUGAGAUUGCAACACUUUGCGUCAACAAGCUGCGAGGGAUGGUAAUGAUUGAUGGUGAUCCAAAUCUCAAAUACGUGGCAUUGCUGGCAUUCAACAAAAUUGUCGUUACGCACCCACACCUGGUGGCGGAACAAGACGACGUCAUUUUGGAUUGUAUCGACAGCCCGGAUAUCACCAUUCGCACACAAGCACUGGAAUUGGUUCAAGGGAUUGUUACCGGCGACAACUUAAUUCCCGUCGUCAGCAGGUUAAUGAAGCAGCUCAAAACUUCAUCUCCAACAAUGGAGCGUAGUCGGCCAGGGAUCCCUGCAUUUCGUUCCAGCUCAGACUCCAAUGGCGAAGCUCAAGCGGCAAUCACUGAGCCUCCGAAAGCCGAGAAACAAGCAAUCCCGCUGCCUGAAGAUUACAAGAUGGACAUGAUCAAAAGAAUACUGUUUAUGUGUUCAAGGGACAACUACUCCAACGUCUUGGAUUUCGACUGGUACAUCGACGUAUUGACUCAGCUCGUUCGCAUGGCGCCUGUUCCGAGACAGCUUGAUCCAGAGAGCACUCCUAUUUCUUCAACGUCUGUAAUGGAUGUCUCGGGAAGAAUAGGAGAUGAGUUGCGAAACGUCGCCGUUAAAGUUCGAGCAAUGAGGUCUACCGCAGUGAGCGCUGGCUUCACCAUCCUAGCCCAGCUUAACGCAGACACUCCCACUGGCCAUAAAGUAACAUCUGGAGUCUUGGGUUCAGUUGCUUGGCUUCUGGGUGAAUACGCCAUUCUGCUACAAGAUCCUGAUGGAACGAUGAACAGCUUGCUUCAACUCAUACCUCGCGCCGCAAGACCUGAAGUUUGCUCGACAGCACUUCUCGCCGUUGCCAAGAUCUUUGCCACGAUUGCAGGCGAUGAAACACGACCAUGGACUGCCGAGUGGAAAUCAAGGAUAUCACUCCUCAUAGCUAGGAUCUUGCACGUGGCAGAGCCGUUGGUCUUGCAUCCAAACCUGGAGGUGCAAGAGCGAGCAGUCGAGCUAGUCGAGUUGUUGAAACUGACCGCUGAAGCUGUUUCAGGGCAGCCUGCAUCUACAGACGAGGGGUUUCAAGAUUCUCCUCUUCUUCUCACCCAGGCAAUCCCAUUACUGUUCAAGGGUUCGGAACUUAAUUCCGUCGCCCAAGGAGCGCAGCGCAAUGUGCCAAUGGCUGAUGGACUAGACCUUGAUGAACCCAUUCACUCCAACCUGACCCAUCUGCUAUCUGCUGCAGACCUCGUGACCCUCGAUGCCGAUGAGUCAGAUGAGUUCGAAGUCUACUACAGCGAGCGGCCAGCCCCCACGUUCACUUCAUCCUCGGCUCCCGCAAUCAGCAGACUUGCAGAUCCUACCGAAGAAACGGGCGGCUCCUACCAGCAGCUGAGUGAAGAGAGCUAUCUCGACGCCGAUAUCGUCGCACGGCGCAGGGCAGAGCGCCUUGAGCGGAUCAAGGACGACCCGAACUACCUUUCCAGCGACGGGACACCUCGAUCAUCCACCCCAAUACACAGUAUUCUCCAGAACAGCAACGGACCAGAUCUCGAUAUUGACUCGAUACCUGUUAUGAAGCUUGAUCUCGAUAAAGUGGCGACUUCAGCCGCCCACACAGGUCCCCGGCCACAGCCCAAGCCCCGGCAAAGGAUUGUCAUUGCUAGCGACGAGACUCUGGAGGGCAGUGAUGGCGGCAGCAUCCGACAACACGACUCUGAAAACAACUCGGAUAACCCCACAAAGGCGAGGAGCAAGAGAACCAAACAGUCUCUGCUACAAGUAGACUCGAGUCACAUCGGUUCUUUCAGCCUCGAGGGCGCGCCAGCCAACGGGUUCGACUACGAACAGAAGCAACGGGAAGAAGCAGAGAUGCAGCAAGCAAUAAAGGGAGUGGAGAGGCUACGGCUGGAAAUGCAACGCGCCAACGAACGUAUCCAAGUCGCACACGGUGUCGAUGCCCAAGGCACCAUAGUCAAGAAGAAGAAGACGGCGAAGACGGCGAAGAAGACGGCAGAGGGUGCUUCAGGCCCUGAGGGGGUGGAAGUGAAACCCAAAAAGAAGAAGACUAAGAAGGUCAAUCCGGCUCAGGAGCCAGAUCACACUCCUAGCCAGGGGCUCGGGGGUGUGACAUCUUCGUUGGCAGGGGCUGCGUCUGCGUCUGCGGCGGGCAACGCCGGCGGCGUCAUGGCUGAUGAUCUAGUCUUGCCAAAGAAGAAGAAGAAGACAGUCAAGAAGAAGAAGAUGGCUGAGAUCGAGGACCCGACUUAG